GAGAGAAUAGAAAAACCAGCAGAAGUAGGUGAAAAGCAAAGGAGUAAAGAAAGAGAGAGAGAGAGAAGAAAACAAAUAGGUUGCCAUAGUAUUACGACAACCACUCUUGCUCUCUCUCUACCUAAUCUACUCCCCCAAAUUACCCCCCAUCCAGGCCAAAGAUACAGCCAAACCAGAGACAGAGAGACAGGGAGUGUGAUCUCUUUUUUGCUUCUUCGUCUCCAUCUGUCCUUUAUCGAAACCCUAGCUCUUCUCUUCCCGCUCCAGCAGCCAGAUCUCGGCUAGUUCGCCGCCACGGAUCCGAGUUGCCGCGACGCCUGGCUCGGAGGACUCGUCUUUGGUUUGAUUGCGGUCGCAAUGGCGCGGUCUCGCGGUUGAUGUUAGUGUCUCGCAAUGUCGGCUUCGUUGGCGGCGCUCGAGCGCCCCAGAGUCGGGGCUUCUAAUACGGAAACCAUUUCUUCUUCGGCUUCUCUUCUCCACAAGUAGUAACUCAGCCUUCUCAAUUGCCCUUCUCGCUCUAUUUAUGCACAAGGGACUGGAUCCACACUUGAAAUGAUUACGAAACCACUCUUGAAUCGUCGCCUCCACUUGCACCAUUGUGAGCUCAUCAAACUUUUCUCCCCAAAACUACCAGCCAGUUCCAGUGUCACCGACUAUCUACAGGAAGCAGAAUUCUGGAUAAGGUCCUUAUGUGAAAAACCUAAUCCCCAAUUCGAUGAUGCGGUUUCGCUUUUCAGCCAACUCAUUGAUUUGAAUCUCGUUCCUUCGCAUCCCACAUGCAAUUUCCUUGUUCAAGCCCUGGCCAAGUCAGAGAACCACAAUUUGACUCUCCAAGUGUACAAUUCGAUGAGCCGUGUUGGCAUUUCCACUAGUUUUCUAACUCUGAGUGCUCUGAUUGACUGCUUUGUGAAUACACGUCAAGUUGAAUUUGCUUUUGGGGUAUUGAGUCUGAUGGUCAAGCGUGGUUUUAGUGUUACUGUAUACAAUGUGAAUAUUGUAUUGAAGGGUUUGUGUCGAAAUGGCAAGGUUGUUGAGGCAAUGGAGCUUUUUCGUCAACUGGGUAGAGGUUGGAUCUCAUUUGAUACUGUUAGCUUUAAUACACUUAUAAGGGGACUUUGCAAAGCAAAAAACAUGGAAGGAGCUCUGAAAUUGAGAGAUGAGAUGGAGGUAACAAAUUGUAGCCCCAAUUUGACUACGUACACCAUUUUGAUGGAUGGACUAUGCAAGGAGGGUAGAAUGGACGAAGCUAUGAGAUUGUUCAAGGAGAUGAGGAUGAAUGGAUUGGUUGCUGAUGUUGUUGCCUAUGGGACACUUAUAAGUGGUUUCUGCCAUAGAGGGGAUGUUAUUAGGGGCAAGGAACUCUUUAAUGAAAUGUUGGGACAAGGAAUUUCCCCAAAUGUGAUCACAUAUAGUUGCUUGUUAGAUGGUCUGUGUGGGAUAGGUCAAUGGGAGGAAGCAACAACAAUAUUGAACUCUAUGACGGAACGAGGGGUCCGGCCUGAUACUGUCACUUACACAAGUUUAAUUGGUGCUAUUUGUAAGGAUGGGAGAGCCAGCAAAGCUGUCAAGUUAUUUGAUUUGAUGCUAGAGAAGGGUGAAGAGCCGAGUGUUGUAACGUACAAUGUUCUAAUAAAUGGAUUGUGCAAGGAAGAUUUGGCAAGCGAUGCUUCUAAAAUAUUUGAAAUGAUGAUUGAGAGGGGGAAGAAGCCUGAUGUGGUUACUUACAACACUUUAGCCACAGGACUUUGCAAAAAUGGGAAGGUUAAUGAGGCAAUCAUUCUUUUUGAUAUGAUGUUGAAAGACAAUAACUAUGUUAAACCAGAUGUAUACACACUUAGUGUGCUGAUCCAGGGGCUCUGCAAAGAAGGUCGUCUUGAUGAAGCUUUGGAGAUUCACCAUAAGAUGGUUGUGGAUGGGAACAUCUGUGACAAUGUAGCUUAUACUUCGCUGAUUCAGGGUUGUCUAAAGGAAGGGAAUGUUGAGAAAGCUAUGGGGUUUUGGAAACAGGUGCUCCAGUCAGGGCUAACUCCAGAUUCAUUCAUGUAUAGUGUUAUGAUAAAUGGAUUCUGUAAAUUGCAUAUGGGUAAUAUAGCAAAAGGGAUUCUUAUAAAAAUGAGAGCUGCUGGGCUUUACCCUACCUUGUUUAGCUACAAUCAACUGAUAGCAACUUUGUGCAAAGAAGGCAGUUUGGUGCAGGCAAGAGGGUUGUUUGAUGAGAUGAGGAGUUUGGACUAUGAACCUGAUGUUGUGUCAUUUAAUAUAAUAAUUGACGCAACUCUGAAAGCAGGGGAUAUUCAAUCUGCCAAAGGAGUACUUGAAGACAUGCUUCAAAGGGGUUUGGCCCCUGAUGCUGUGACCUUUUCCAUAUUAAUAAAUAGGUUUUGUAGGGCUGGCCAGUUGGAUGAUGCUAAGAGUGUUCUGGAGAAAAUGAUUGCUCAUGGCUUUAAACCAGAUGCCUACGUAUUUGAUUCUCUUCUUAAGGGUUUUUAUUCAUGGGGAGAAAAGGAAGAAAUCAUCCGCCUGCUUCAUAAAAUGGCUGCUCUGGGUGGUGUUCUCGACCCAGUAAUAACUUCAACCAUCUUGACGUGUCUUACCUCUGAAGAUCUCAAAGAUCCCGAUGUUGUAAAGCUUUUGUCAAGUUUUCCUCAGCAAACUUCAGAGAAGGAUAAAGCAUCACACGAAACUCCAAAAAUUCAUCCUAACCAACAGCUAAGCCCUACCUGAUUAUUUUUGCAUCUAUUUUAUAAUGCUUGCUUGCUUGCUGGUGGUCCUAACAGGAAUAGCCACAAUAUACAGUUUUCCUUCUUUAUAUUCUUGACUCUUUUUUUUUUUUCUCCAUCAUUGUAUUAAUGUUGACAGGUCAGGAUGCAUUUUGUAAUUUUUCUUUUUCGGAUUAUACAUGGCACUGUAUUGUACAAUGCAAGUAAGAUUUUCCUUUUAAUUUUGAUCAGCAACAUCAUCUAAAACUUUAACUCUGCAAGGCAAGGUCGGGUACAUAUACUUAGCUCUUUAAUUAUCUUAAUUCUACAUGACGGGACCACCCGCUAAAUGAA